ACAAUCAACGACAGUUGGCGAACGUUCUAAGAUGUACAUUAAGCUUCUAAUACUCAGCCAGUUAUUGGCUCUGAGCAUGGCUCAAGCAAAGGAUAUCGAUACAGAUGUUUCUGUCUACAGUGACGAGGAGACUUUGGAUGAUCAGCAUUUGCCGCAUGGCAAACAUUAUGAGCACAAGACAGAACCAGUGACAACAACCCUAGAGCCAGAAAUAGUGCCAAAUAAUGGAGGCACAGCUCAGCCAGAUGACGGUUUGCAGCAACUUGGCGAUGGUUUACUACAAAAUAAUGAUGGGGCAGCUUUUCCUGUAACUACCACAACUACACCGGAACCGGAAACUACAACUACAACGACGACAACAACGACUACAACAACAACCACACCCAAACCUCCUAAACAUGAGCCUAAGCCACAUGCUCAUCCCCAUCCACAUGGCGAUCCACAUUUGCCAUAUCCCUAUCCCUAUCCUGGUCUGGUAUUUACACCUUCAAAGCCUGCGGAUCCAAAAACUCCCGAAAAGGAGUCAACAGCACCCAGUUCAUCUUUGUCACCUGGCUAUGCAUCGUAUCCCAGCUUCAGAUCGCCCUAUUCACCAUAUCCACCUAAUUCGGUCUAUCAUCAGCCUAGUUUUCCUAGCUUUGGACCCGGCUCCGGUUAUGGAUUCCGCCCCAGUUUCCACCAUCAACAUCAUCAUUAUGACCACCACGAUGAUGACGAUGAAAAGCCAGCAACAGAGAAGGAUGGUGAUGAUAAAAAGUCCUCAGAAGAAGAGCACGAAGAUGUGCCAUUCAAACCUCCAGGUUUUGGUUAUCCGCCAGUCUAUGCAGUGCCUCGCCUUCGUCCAGUUCCUCAAAUAAUAACCGGCUAUCCUAGUAUUGGACGUGUAGGAUAUGGAUCACCCUAUGGCUCACCCUAUGGCCGUUAUUAAGAUAAUUUCAGUGUUUAGUUCAAGUUUCUCAAUACUAAUCUAUAAUAAACGUAAAUAUUUAUAAAUCAA